UUUGCCUUUUUUGAUACUCUCAACCCAGGCCGGGAUCUCGUAGAGUCGUUAGGGCGAGAAGCUGGUAUCGAUCACUGGGAAAACCGACUGUAUGUGGCGCCCCGAAUUGGCGCAUGCGUGCAGACCACCCCUCACGCCUGGUUCUUUGUAAGUUUCCCCUCGAAGAGCCGUCAGUCGCGCUGGGCCGGUGUAAGGGGAUGAGUAGGCGUGCAACACCCUCCGUCUCUGCUGCGCCCUCGACUCCCUCAUAACCCGGUUUUCACAUUAUUUAUUACCAUUUUCCACCCCCGUGUAAGGGUAGCGGAGGGCAGCGAGGAGAGGUCUUACUGCAUAGAUAAACUCCCCCAAAUUAAAAGUUACCAUCACAACCUUAAAUAAAUCAGUAGCCCACUAAGAGAACCACAAAGGGAAAUAGAAAACGGAGUCAACAGAGAGUAAACAAGCCCAGAGAGACCUAAUUACGUGCAUACAAAAGUGACCUCUACAGUCCCUACACAAAGACGCGACAUUACCAUCAUAACACCACCACCAGCAGGAGACCAGGAGACAUCUAGUGAGCAUAAUACGAACCACAGUAACUCGUGAACGGAAGCAUAAUAGUGAAGGAAGGACGAUGAUUGGAGGAACGACAGAAACAUCGAGAUAAAAGAAGACGAUAAAUAAAAUAAGUUAAAAAAAGUAGAUAUUAAAUUGACAAGAAGAAAGAGAAAAGGAAACACGUAUUUGUGAUAUUUUAUUACAGGGAGAGAAAACAAAGGAAAACGGAAAGAAAUUCGGAAAAACAGGACUUUGUAACAUUAUAUUGCAAGAAAGAGAGGAAAAAAAGAAUAAAAAUAAGAAAGUUGAGACUAAAUUAGUGAAAGAUACAUAGAAAAAGAAGUGUGAAGUGAACAGAGAUACAAUAACAAGACAGUGACUCCUCAAGGUACGACAAUAGUGCUGUGCUGUACGACGCGGGUCAUGGAGCGCACCACCACCACCACCACCACCACCGCGCUGCCAGACGUGUGGGGAUGCGGCUCACCCACUCCCUCUGCCGCCUGCCCUGAAUGACUGCCCACGCCCCCACACCCAUACCCGCAUCCACACCCACGCUCAAUCCCUACCCUCACAUCCCUUAUCCCUACAAAGCCUCACUGAACCCUCCUCAAAGCCUCGCUCCCUCUUUCGAAGUCCCGUUCAGGUCUCGUAAAGAAAACAGGCCACGAGUCUCGGUGUAACGCAGCUUAUGUCUUUCAAAAACCCCAAAUCCUUCUAUUGCACCGGGAGAAAUGAACCCGCCAUGACUUUCAGCUGAGGCAUGUGGCGCUAUUUUUAGUUAGUUUUCAUACACCGUACGUAACUGCCACUACCCAUCAUUCUCUGCCUUAAAGAACGGGUGGCUGCUUCCAUAACUCAGGCAGCUUCCAGUCCCGCCUUAGGAUCAUCAUUUAUCUCGGGGUGCGGAGGCAGCACGUGAAGGAGGCGCCACUCAAACCUACAUUAAAAGCUCAUUAAAACUGUGAGCCGCCCUGGGCCUUUAUUUCUACCCGGUCUGCCCAACAUAAGGGGAAAAACUGGAGGGGAAGAAUAACAAUAGAUCAAGCUGCCAACUGUAACGUUCCGGGAGCGGGAGAGGAAGGAUCAUAAUAGUAAUAGUCAUUCACAAAAGAGCCAUUUCUUGCUGAGUAGAGUGUGUUUGUUUCGUUGCUAGAGUAGUGAGGCACUCAAAUAAACACGAGAAUAUAGAACUAAUGACAAAACAAGCUAACAAACAAGGUAAUAAAGAUAACAAGUAACGGAGACGCCAAAAAAAACUCUAAAAACGGCGAUAAAUCAACACAUAAAAACUGUCUGCUGGAACUGUAGCACUAGGCAGACAGACAGACAGAAAAACCAUCCUACUCGUUACUUCAACCCCCAUUUUCUUCAAGACUCCGGGAAGACUUGAAGUAAAACACGAGCAUUAGAUUUCUAUGCGGGGGAAGCCUUAACAACCUUGACCCAGGGAACACAGCGCCGUUAAGGGAACAAUAGCCACAGCCACACAGGCGCUGCAGACCCUUAUACCCUUGGUAGCCCUGCAGAUUAACGUAACAUCUCUCUUUACAUUGAGGCGCGUCCUAACCAUGCCCUUUCCUGACCCCUGAGAGUCUCCCCUGCCCUGCCCUACCGAAGCUGUCUGAUCAGGGGUGCUCCAGGGUGCGGGCGCGGGGCGUGGGCACUCGCAGACACCAUGACGCCCCGGGGGAACACCUCGGGAUCCAUCAAAGGGUAUCUUGACGUGAAGAUCCCUGCCAGGAAACGAAGAAGCAUCUCGCUGUUUCGGCAACAUGUGAUGAAAGUUCAGGUGUGGAAGAGGCGGUGCUGGGUGGUAGUACGAGGAGACCGCUCCCCUGAGGAUGCAGCAACGAGGACCAACCAACUCAGCCUUAGCGUGGAGAUCUACACGAGACACGAGGGUUCAGCUGACCACCCCACUGAGGGCACCAUUCUCCACCUCGACCUCGUGCACAGGAUACGAAGAGCGAAGUCCAAGUCACACCCGUAUGCCUUCGAGGUGUGCGGACGGCGGGGCGAGGCGCUGCUGUACCUGAGCGGCCAGAGCGAGACAGAGACACAGAAAUGGAUGGCAGAGAUCAGGAACAUUCUAUGGCCCCCUACACACCUAGAAGCCAUCAGCAGAGCCCACGGCAGCACAUGGGAGGUGAGCGCCAUCAGUGUGGGAGACGCAGGAGCAGAUUGGACGAGUCUGGCAGGGCUGUACGGCAGACUGGCAGUGAGGGAAGCCAACUUACUCAUCAAAGACACGCACAAUGGCACGACCCGGGUGGAGUGGCCGCUCACGUCAGUCCAGCGCGUGUGUGUGGCGACGGGCGGCGAGGUGGAGGACGAGGGGAAGAUCUUCAUUGUGCAGACCCGACAGUCCCACCCGUGCGGCGAGGCCUACCUCUACUUCUUCUCGCCGGAGCUGAGCGCCCUGUUGGAGGGCCUGCACGAGGCUGUCUCAGAACUUAUAUCCGCCUCGGCAGCCGACAACGUGUCCCUCAUCAGUGACCUGUCGGAGCUGUCUGGCGCCCUCAGCUCCGUGGUGGUGCUACCGCCACGCUUGCCGGACCCUCCGAAGAUGCGCAAGGCCACCUCUGUCAUGGAUCUGGCACAGAUCCACGAGCUGCAGCCGCUGUGCAACGUACACACACCACCGCGGCUCAGCAGCAGCCAGUGCAAUCUCGCCGAGGAGCCGCGGGGGGAGCCGCCCCUGCCGGGCCGCCUGCUGGGGCACUCCCGUCGCAGAUCCAUGAGCGAGACUAACCUGGCCAAGCUGUGCCUCGACGAGACCGACGAGGAGCUCGAGUCUCGCGAUGACGACCUGGAGGACGCCGACCUGCGCCAGACUGACCUGCCUAAGGACCGCACCUCCUCCUCAGGCUCCUACAACUCCUACCGCUCCACAGACUCCGGCGUGCGGCUCUCCGCCUCUCCCUCCACGCACUGUGACGGCGGCCGGUACAUGUCGGAGAACGCCACGCGGCGCUUUGUCACCAAAUCAGACUCGUUGGACUCGGGCGUGAGGGCGUGCGUGAAAGAGGACGCGCGGACCGAGGCCACAGCAGAAGGUGACGACAGCAAAAAGGACGCCACGUCAGGAGACGGUAAAUCUGAAGGGUCAUCGCGGCGCGGAAUGGGUGCCCUAGAGGAGGAGCCUGACGUGGACACCAAGGUCGGGGCGUGGUGCCUGCAGAGUGCUCGCGCCAGGAGGACAUUCUUCACCAAGAACCUGAACGUGGCCUGUGCCAACUACAAGGACCGCAAGGCCGUGCGGCAGCUCAACAGGACCAUGUCCGAGUCGUACAAGGAGGUGGUGGACAAGCACGACGACUACCGCCGCAUGUCUGAGCUGCCUCCAGUGGCCAAAACGUGCACCGUGUACGAGGAAAUCGUGGACGUGCUCAAACCGCUGAGCGCCGCCUCGCAGCAGGCCAAGGAGCACGAUUACGAAGAGCUGGACAAGUGUCGCCGAGACAUCAAGCGCAGCUACAGCUUCCAAGAGAAGUCCAAGCCGCCGCCGCUGCCGCCACGGCGACCCAAGUCCUUCUCGCCCGACCCCUGGGCCGAGGAGGCCAUGACCAAGUCCGGCACCCUCAGAAAGAUCUUCGGCCUCUCCUUCCACAGCAAGUCCCACUCCACAGACAGCAUGCUGGACGUGGAGACCUCAGGCUACGACGACAUCACCACGCUGGGCAGCGCCGACGUGGCGCUGGUGCAGGCCAUCGGCACGCUGCCCAGGGUCAGGAAAAAAAUCGGUGCUGAGCGUCAGACAAGCAGGUCGGCGUCCCCCAAGAUGUCCCCCAAGCAGAAGGCAAGGUCCCUAUUCGGGGUGUCCCCCAGCAGGUCCCCCAUGAUCCCGCGUCCCAAACACCUGUUCCUGUUCAAGGGAUCGGCGCGCGAGGAGCUGCAGGUGUCGCCACACACUAAGCCGCCCUUCAAACUCCACAGACAGUUCUCCUUGCAGGCUCAGCGAACACCCAGCACGGACGGGUCUCUCGCAGACAUCUCUACCCCAGAGACACCACAGACACAGCAGCAGCAGCAGCAACAACAGCAGCAGCAGAAUUCGAGUCAUCGACAGUACUGGCGGCCAGAGUCAGCAGGCGGAGGCACGGGACAAGGAACGGAUGGUACGGUGAGCGACGACGCCAGCGGCGCCGCCUCUAAGGAUUCCUACGCCUUCCUCAAGUCUCCUAAACUGAUGACGAAAACCUUCAGUUUCUUGAAAAAGUUUCCGAAAGAAAAGUCUGGCUCGCUGGAGCGUCAACGAAAGUCUGGCAUCAACUUUGUGCCUCCGCAAGACCCGCUCACCAAGUUCCCGAACAGCUACUCCAUGGACAGCUUCGCCGUGGAGAAGGGCGCUCAGAGCUGCGGCACGCCUUCCAGGGAUCCCGAGGCAGACUGGGGUGACGGAGACGUGCUACCGGGAUGUCGCCUUCGCUCAAUGUCCUAUCUCCCACCCGCCUCGCCCGCCAUCAGGAUCCCUUUCCACUCCCACCACGACUCCACUUCCACCACCCCUGCCGGCACACCCACCAGUCACUCUUUCAGUCCUCUGCGCAAAAUGAGUUCCCCGCAGCCCCCGUCCGAAGCACACGGGAGCUGCUGGAGUGAAUGCGAGUCUCAUCUGGCGCCCGGUGGUCACCCACUCCCUCCCCGCGAGCCGCCGCCGCCCCCCGCGCCACACGAGCCGCACUACGCCAACCUGCCGCACCACGAUCCAGAAUACAUGUCCAUGGAGGAGGUGCGGGGCACCUUCAGGAGAAUCUCCAACGCCUCCGCCAGCGAGGGGCGUCGAGACAGCGGCGGCUACCUUUCAAUGGGCGAGAUUCGAUUAUUUCAGCGGCCUUGCGAGGCUCCGGAGUGCCCCGGCUGCUCCAUGAACCAGCACGACUGCCCGCCGGAGCCACAGCCGCAGCCCCCCGAUGAGCACGAGUACAUGACGAUGGACGACAUCCAGUCUGUGCUGCACACAGAGUUCCCGGGGAUUUACUCCACCUCCGAGGAGGAGAAGGACCUGUACAAGAGCUGUGGGUUUAAGAGCGCCCCAAGUAGCCGCAAGACCUCCUACUGCGAGGGCUCCGACUACCUGACGCCGCAGGAGGUCGGGCGCAUGAUCCGGAGGGAGGUGCUGGCCGUGAGGCGAGGCCGGGAGGGAACCAGUGAGCUAUCGCAUCACCUCCACCACCACCAGCACCAGCACCCCCAGCACCUCACCACCGCCCACCACUAUGACCCCCACCCCCACCACCACCUCCACCACCACCUCCACCCACAACAACAGCAGCAGCAACAACAGCAGCAGCAGCAACAGUCGCAGCAGCAGGACCCUUCCCAACACAAGCAAUUCCACCACCACCACCACUAACACCACCACCUAUCCCUGUAACCCUCCCUCACACCCCAACGCCCUCACCACCAACACUACUACUAUCCACACAACGCCCUCAGUCACUGCCACUCACACCCCACACCUCACCACACACCCACACACCCACCCACCCACACACAUACACAUACACACACACACACUCCAAAGACACAAGGAGGCGAUGAUGUCCCUCUCAAUUGAAGCUCUUUUUACGCCUUACUGGACCACUACGCUCACCACUACGCAUUCAGCGCUUUUUUAUAUGCAUAUAGAGAAUCCCCACGGGUGUAAGUAUCCCCUCUUCUAUAGAUCCCUAACGCAGUGUGCUUAAUAUGAGAAAGUUAGAGAGAAAACGAGAGGUGAAAGAGAGAAACAGGUGUGGUGCACGUGCAAUUACAAGUCGUAUAUAAGGAAUCGUGUAAGUGGACUUUUACUGUGUGGACGCCGAGGGUCAUGGAUGUGUUAUGGUUGUACAGUUACACGUUUUCUAACCUUCAGUAAGAGCAACAAGGAGAAGGUGGACUCGAAGGUGCCAAAUAUUCGACCUAAGUCUUCGAUUUCUCUUCCUCAUCCCUUAUCCCUUCCUUCACCCAGCCCGCCACCCCGCCGCCCUCAUCCUCCCGUCCCUCCUGCCUUUCUUUCGGGACAAGACUCAAAAUUUAAUAGUUGUUCCCCCAUCCCCACCUGUUAACCAUUCCCUGCCCCUUCCUCACACCUUUCUCCUCCCAUUCCCCACCACAACCCUAACCUCAGCUCAAAAAUACGAACUGUGUUUAGUGAUUUGUAAACUUGUAGAGCCUGUCUCCUGUCUUCCUUCAUUUGUUUUUUGUGUUCGUGAGUGAAGCCCGGAUCGAACCCAAGUGAACCAGUGGAAUGAACCAAAGUCAAACCCGGCGACUGAUGCUUCAAAAACCGGCUUUGUGGGAACACGGCUCAAGUGAAGCAAGAGCAGACAGCCACUGAAGCCAGGAAGUGAAGCAGAAGCGAGGAUGAGCGAGAGAAAGAAAACACAAUCAAGAACAGCCGCGUGGUGCCAUUCAGCGGCGAGACAGAACAGCAGAACAGCGAAACAGGAGAACAUCACCCCUGUAUUUGUUCAUUAGGCUGAUUAGUGUAUAAGUUUAACCUACUGACCUGACCUUACCGGAGAGAGAGAGAGAGAGAGAGAGAGAGAGAGAGAGAGAGAAUUUUUUCCUAUUUUCCAUUCUUUCCUUUCCUCUGAUGCAGUAAUCUGUAUAUUUCUUUAUACUCGCUUACAAAACAAUCUCUAAAUAGAUGUUAUCGUAUUUAAGACAGCACGCACGUACACACAAACCAUAAGUGUACGUGUGCGUGUAUCCGUGUACCAGAUAACCCACAUGAACACGACUGUCAUGCUCUAACGCCAUCCACUUCAUAGAAUUAAACACUAACUCGCACCCACAAUGGCAACUCCGUGUACGACAAUACUUCAGUGGGAGGUACCAUACAGGUCCAUAUUUGUAAACGUGUCAGCGUCUGGUGGAUGUUAUUUGGGUUCUCAAGGGUGUUUUCAUGAUAGCAAUGACCGUUUAAUGUCUUACGCACCACUAAAGGCAAAAAAAACAUCCACAAUAACCCGUCUAAUAAUCUCUGGACCCUCUAUAAACAGUGCCAAAGGGAGAACAUGGCACUGAUGAAUACAAGACGCACUGUGCCACACCAAUGGUAAAGAUGUACUGCCGCUGUAACACAUUCCCUUUUGUUCGAUGUGUCCCAUUCAUCUACGUUCUAGUUUUCCAAUGUGUAGCAACAAUAAGUGUUAAUCACGGACACUGAUGGGUGUUUCCUCGUAGCCCUUCCCUCUCGCCGAGCUAUCAGGUGUACAAUGACUCCCAGAGGUAAACGAGAGCGCGGCUGACCCUCCCUCCCUCCCCUGCAUUCAUUGUCCCUCGGUAUUUGCAUAGGAUAGCUUUCAUACGUACGCCGGAUGUGCAUAAUAAGUGAUAACAAGUCUGUUUUUUCGUGUACCGUUUUAUUCAGGGUUUCGUGCGCACCAAGGCCCUGUUUUUUGCCCUCCUGUUUACUGUUAGAUGUUGGUUUGAUAACGAUCGAACGCGUGACUAUUCAACCUAUGCCUCCAGAGCCCGUUCACGUCCUCACCCACGCCCGAGUCUCAAUUGCAUAGUUUUUUAGGUGUUCUGUUCCACGAAGGGAGAGUGAGCGGGGAAGUCCUUCGCUAUAUAGAUGAAGGUUAUGGUUUGUUUAUUCCGGCGUGCCACUCAGCGCUACGAGGAAUCAAGGCUUUGUUGUAUAUAUGUUAUCUUUUCACAUCCCUUGACACUGCAGCCAUCACACGGACCCGUUUGCUUACAGAGAGAAGCGCUAAAAUCGAAAAAAAAAACAUAUGAACUUUGCUAUGAGAGUUGGAAUUAAGAGCACAAGGACACGAGACGAAUUGAGGCUAAAAGAGUAACGCAGUAAUGGAAAAACUGACACAUGGCUUUGAGAUAAGAGAUAAUGGCAAUACAAAAAUCAUAAAACAUUGAUACACGAGUUGGCGAUAUGAUAAGAAAAAUAAUGUGAUAAAAGAAUAGAAAGCUGUGUAUGUAGAUUUGUUCAAAGAUAGUAUUCCAUGAACACUAAGGCAAAAUAAAGCUAUGAAGAACAAAAAAUGAAAAGAACAUUACUAAGCAGGUUUAAAUCAAUU